CGCGCCCGCACACGGCAGCGCCCGCACCGCACCGCAGCGCAGCGCAGCGCAGCGCAGCUCCCCCUUCCCCCCCACAGCCCGGCCCGGCCCGGCCCGGCGGAGCCAGCGCGGCGCGGCGGCACCGAGGAUUGACUGGAUUUGGAGUGGGAAGAACCGCUGGCUUCCUAACCCACUUACCCGGAGAUCCAGAGAGGCAUCCCACUGUGAGAAACAAGCCCUUUCCCAUCCACAAGAUCUCCAGACCGGGGCUUGACAGAAAGCCCGCUAUCCUUUCAUUUAGGCAGACUCUGUACAGAAAGGAUAGCAUCAUGUAUACGUUCCUACCCGAAAACAUCACCCCCAUCAAACAGAAGCCGUCCAAGGAGCUGCGGCCCAUGAUUGGGACGAUAACCGUGGGGCUCCUGUUGUUCAUCGCGGCGGUGGUGGCGUGGUGUUACUACACGGCGUCGCUCAGGAAGGCGGAGCAGCUGAAGACGGAGCUGAUGGACUUGAGGAAGGACGGCUUCAUCAUCAAGAACCAGGACGGGGAGGUGGUCUUCAGACUGGCCUUCCAGUCGGGCGCCCUCGACCUGGAGUCCUGCUCCAAGGAAGGGGAGAUCUUAACCUGCACCCGGUCGGACAAGGGGAAGCUGAACUUCUUCAUCCAGACCGUCAAGCACAAGGACACGGUGAUGUGCUACCGCGUGCGCUGGGAGGAGUUCGUGGCCGACACGGUGGUGGAGCACACCAUGUUCUGGGAGGACGCGCACUGGUACGGGGGCUGCGAGAUGAGCGUGCAGCACUGGCCCAUCCGGCUCCCGGGCUACCAGGAGCCCACGCCCUUCGUGACGAGCGACGUGUACUCCUUCCGGGACAGCUUCGGGGGCAUCCUGGAGCGGUACUGGCUGUCCUCGAAGGCGGCCGCCAUCAAGAUCAACGACUCGGUGCCCUUCCACCUGGGGUUCAACGCCACCGAACGGUCCCUUUUCUUCCAGGCCCGCUACAAGGACUCCCCCUACAAGCCUCCCCUGGGGCAGCAGCCCUUCCCGGAGCUGAGCUACAGGGUGUGCGUCGGCUCGGACGUGACCUCCAUUCACAAGUACAUGGUGCGGAGGUAUUUCAACAAGCCCUCCAAGAUCCCGUCGGAAAACGCCUUCCGCUACCCGAUCUGGUCCACCUGGGCCCUGUACAAAAACGACAUCGACCAGGACAAGCUCCUGCGCUUUGCAGAGAAGAUUAAGAAAUACCGUUUUAAUUGCAGCCACAUCGAAAUCGAUGACACCUACACGCAGGCUUACGGCGACUUCGACUUCGAUCCUCAGAAAUUCCCCAACGUGACGGAAAUGUUCAAGAAACUGAAAGAAGAUGGGUUUAAAGUGACCCUGUGGACUCAUCCCUUCAUCAACUACAACUCCUCCAACUUUGGCGUGGGGAUAGAGAGGCAGCUGUUCAUCAAGGAGCCGACGGGAAGACUCCCCGCCAUGGUGGAGUGGUGGAACGGCAUCGGGGCCAUCCUGGACUUCACCAACCCAGCGGCCAGGGAGUGGUUUCAGAGCCACCUGCGGCAGCUGCGCUCAAAGUACGGCAUCUCCUCCUUUAAGUUCGACGCCGGAGAGACGAGCUACCUCCCCAAGCAGUUCAGCACCUUCCGGCCCUUGUCGGACCCCAGCAUCUGGUCCCGCCGGUACACCGAAAUGGCCAUCCCCUUCUACGAGCUGGCCGAGGUUCGUGUCGGCUACCAGUCCCAGAACAUAUCGUGCUUCUUCCGCAUCAUCGACCGCGACUCGGUGUGGGGCUACGAGCUCGGCCUCAAGUCCCUCAUCCCGACCGUGCUCACCAUCAGCAUGCUGGGGUAUCCCUUCAUUUCGGCGGACAUGAUCGGGGGCAACUUUUUCCCGAACAAGACAGGAGGAGCGGUUGAAAUCCCCGACCGGGAGCUGUACAUCCGCUGGCUGGAGCUGUCGGCCUUCAUGCCGUCCAUGCAGUUCUCCAUCCCGCCCUGGCUCUACGACAAGGAGGUGAUCGAGAUUGCGCAGAGGUUCACGGAGCUGCACGAGUCCCUGGUCGCCCCUCUGCUGCUGGAGCUGGCCGGGGAGAUCACGGACACGGGGGACCCCAUCAUCCGGCCCAUCUGGUGGAUUUCCCCGAGCGACGAAUCCGCCCACAAAAUCGACUCCCAGUUCCUCAUCGGGGACACGCUCAUGGUGGCCCCAGUGCUGGAGCUGGGGAAGCAAGAGCGCGACGUGUACCUCCCCGCCGGGAAGUGGCGCAGUUACAAAGGGGAGUUGUUUGAGAAGACCCCGGUCCUGCUGACGGACUACCCGGUCGACCUGGAUGAAGUUGCUUAUUUCCUCUGGGUGUCUUAACGGGCUCCCCCAUCGGCUUCAAACUGCGGGAUAACCAUGCCUUACUGUAGGGUUUUGAACAACUAAUAAUUCUAAUUGCACACUUUAUUUGGAGUGGGGAGGGGAGCGACGUGGAGAGGAAGUCUGGGGAUGGAGAAAUGAAUUGGACCUGCCUUGAGUAUUUUUUUAAUCAGUGGAAAAAGUUCUAAUUUGGGUUGACAGUUUCCUUAAAUAUCUCUUGAUCACUGCAGGAGGAAAGAUAAACGUGUCCAUCGGCACGUGCAGGAAGCGAAGACCUCAGUUCGGUAGUGUUUCAAGAGGUGAAUGUAUCGUAUGGCUGGCUGCGGUGCAGCAGGAAUGUUCCUUGGAUUCAUUUGUUCUCCAUUUGGAAAUGUGCAAUGCGCCCAUCCACCUCCCGCAUCUAUGGGGAACAGCCCCGUAGUCUGCGUCUUUCUAAAAGGCUGCACGCUUCAAUACGAAGCAGGGAUCCCAUACUGGGGUUUGGCAUCUCUCCGCUCACUGCCCCUGCCCAAAUCCAGGGCAGACGCCAGGAAGUUUGAUGCUCGUGAAGUGCAGCCUUUGGAGUUGGUGCAAGUGCCAUAGAGACAGCCCCAAGUCCAGGGGUAAGGACAACUUUAAAAGGGAAAGGGGAUAAAAUCGAGCCUGGGAGGAUUGCUACGGCACAGCCAGCCUUAAGUUUUAUAAUGUGGCAAAUGACUUUUUCUUUUUUUAAAGAGGAUAAAGCUAGCUAUAUUUUUUGCUUAGUCCAAUGUUGGACUUGACUAACAAAUGCUCUAUAUAUUCCCCCUUCUCUCGGGUACCAGGCAGGCCCAGGAUACCCGACUUACCUGCAGGUAUUUUAACUGUCCAGACUGCACAUAACAGGCAGCCACGUUGUUCCAUCCCAGCCGGCUGCUAACACCUGCUGUCAGGCUUUUUUGCUUGCAUGACCCUGCUGCAAACAUUGCUCUUCAUAGAGUGAGGACAUUUAUAACGUGUAUCCUAUUUUUGUAAGGAAGCAAAAAGGACUGUGGUGUUAAUGUGCAGAGAUUGGGGAGUGGAGAGGUUUCUUCCCCCUUUUUUUAAAGAUGUGCUCGCAGCCCGGUUGCUGACAGAGGAAUGGCCAGAUGGAAAACAGUUCAGAGGUGCACGUGAAACUAGCCUGCUGUGUUUGAGAGAGCAGCAAAGAGCUCCCACCAUCAUUUUUGCUGACAACCAGGCUACCAGCAGGGAUAGAAAAUGGACGUGUGCCCCAAAGUGUUGUGCCAGUCAUCAGGCCUUUCCUAUAGUUUGCAAAGAAAGGUUCUCACACACAGUAAAAUUAAGCUAAUAUACCAGGAAUGUCUCAGGAAUGAGUUAGGGACUAUUACACUUGUAUCGAAGAUGCCUGUUCCCUCAUCCCAGAUAGUUCAAAAGAGCCUGACCCUCAAGAGACCCUAAAUGAAGUGGAUCGGUGGAUGGAUGCUGAGUAUUUCUGGAGCUGGAGCCUUAAACAUGACCUUGUGGAUUCCUUUGAAUAGAAAGGCACUCUUUUUGAAUAGAAAGCCACUCUUUUUAAAAUGAGAUAUUUCUUCUAAAGACAACCUGUGUCUUAAAUUGAGUUAAAAAAAAAAAAGAAGGAAAAAGCUGUCCUCUGCACCAUGUAGAGGCUGUAUCUAGGAAACGCCUAUUUCUUUAUUGCCUGGGGUUUCUUUUCUUAAGCUGAGGGUCAGCAGAUCGUGGUGCAUCUUAAAUUCAAGGGGAGGUCUGAUAGUCGAAGGAACAUGGUCCCGAUUGAACCGCUCAGCUUUGCAACACCUCCUGUUUACCCCCUAGUGAAACUCAGAGCCCCGCCGCCCGUUGUCUUGGCGUCCUGCGCGCCAGCCGGGCCCACCGGGAUGGAGGGCUGGGAGCUGCCCAAGCUGGCCACAAAGGAGAGGAGAUUGGCUUCGGCCACGUGCUCCGUGCAUCUGUCUCAGAUCCAGACGUGGAAGGAGCGCAGAGCAAGGCCUCCACUAGCAAUUUAUUGCAGAAAAAUUUGAACGUUGCCUGCUGCCAUCCAUGUCCACGACAGUCCAUUUCAGACUCUGCAAAUAUGCUGAAGCUACACCUCAAAGGUAUCCCUCAGUCCAUCUGAUCGACCUAGGCUUGUUGAAUGGUUUAUUCCCAUUCAUCUUGGGAGUCGUCGAGAAGAAAGAGGGUUGGCCGCAGAGUCCUGGCUCGGCUGAAGCUCCGAGAUCCUGGUCACAAGUUUUAGGGUCUCCAUAAAGAGCUACCACUGGAGGUAAAAUCUCUCUUCCCUUCCCUCUUCGUUGGCUACAGCCUUGCAUCAUGACUCCUGGGUUCUCGCCGCUGUAGAUGCAUGCCGCGUUUGCAGAGGGCCUGGGCCGCAUCGAUGGGGACGCACCUCCUUUUACCAGGUGUGACUGCGACUGAAACAACAACAUGACGGUUGUCACCAGCGCAGAAAAGCUGGAGGAGAGGAGGAAGCGGCAGGGUGAAGAGGGAAACGUUGAAGGCUGUAUUCUCAACGUGAUCCUCCGCGCUUCGGCUCUGUGCAUUUCUCGUCUGUGGAUGUUUCGGGGUUGGGGAGCACUUCCCGUUCCUUCUGGGCAGCUGGAAAGUGCCACCGGGUCAAUAGAAAGGUUAGAAGAGUCAAAUACUGAAGGUCUCGCUCUACACGCGACUCCUCCAAGGGGGCUGGAGUCCGAGAGCAGAACCCAGCGUCGCUGCAUACCUGAAUGAACCACAAGCUAAAACACCCCGAUAUAAAGACCGACCGAAACUCCAGCUCAGCUUACAGCUGCAUCUCAGUUGUGUGGGCUGGCCAGGAAGCGUGGGUGAGCUAACAGAUGUGAAGCUGGUGAUGCUGGAUCCUACUAGUUGUGCCAAAGGGACCUAUACGCUUCUUUGGGCACCAUGGGGAAGAUCCCAAAGGACCUUGAGUGACAAACUGGCUAGACGACUCAUCACAGGUUGAAUACGUCCGCCUUCCCCUUGGACCUGCCCUUAUUCUUCUCCCCUCGCCCUGGAAAGAAAGAGCUCUGUUACUGAAAGUUUAAAUUACCGCUCUUCAUUUAACUAAACCUUUUUAUGAAUCAGUACACUUUAUAGAGCCCCUUUAUUUUUCUAAAUGCCAUUGCACUCAUGAGAGUUCGACUCUAGCUGCUAGGAAGUUGCAGGGGAAAUCACUGAAGAUGUGUCAUAGGCCACGGACCAGUGACAUCCAUUAUUUCAGACCCCAGCUUUGGAAGAGCCUCUUAACCCUGGUUGUGUUUAGCCUUGGCAUUGCCACGCAGAAUUCAUGUCACCGGUGGUCUCCGUCGGACAGCGCGAACAACCCAGAAAUGGCUCGGCUCCUUAACGGUGCUGAGCCACUUCAUUAGGACGUGAUUGUUGAGCCCAUUGCCUUGAUUUUCACCUCCCUGUUCUGCCCUGGAGCACACUGGCCCCUUGGAGAUGUUUCCUACUGUGACAGGUCGUCACUCUAGGCCACCCUUAAUGUGGCCCACGCACCUGUCUCUGGGCAACCGCCCGCCUUGUCUCGCCUGCCACGUCUUGGUCUUAAUUAAUUAAUUAGCGGGAGGCUGCCCUUAUGCUGCCCCCUCCGCUAGGGGGCGCUGUCUGUGGCUCCUUUCCUCCCCAAUACCGCAGUCCACGCCUCGCCAAUGUAAUCACGGUUGUCUUAUUCGCUCACUAUAUGGCCCCUUACCAUUCUCCCUGGGCCUUCUUUCCUGUGCUGCCCCCUUCUGGGGCUUUCUGGUGCCCAACUUGGGCUUUGCGAUAAUACUGCCCCCGUAUCUGGGCUCGUCGUGCCCAACUUGGGCUUCUCUAUGUUGUCGCCCCUUUCUGGGGAUCUCUACGCCCACACUUGGGCUUAUGCUGCCCCCCUUUCCGGGGGUUUCUGUGCCCAACUUGGGCCUCGAAUACUGCCCCCCUAUCUGGGGCUUGCCGUGCCCCACUUGGGCUUCGCACUCGUGCGACCCCCCCUCUCUGGGGCUCGCCGUGCCCCACUUGGGCGCCUUAAAAUACUGCCCCCUUUCUGGGGCUCGCUGUGCCCAACUUGGGCUUCUCAGUCAUGUGACCCCCCUUCUGGGGUUCACUAUGCCCACACUUGGGCUUCUCCUUAGUGCUGCCCCCUUUCUGGGGCUUGCCGUGCCCAACUUGGGCCUCUCAAUAAGAUGUCCCCCGCUCUGGGGCUCGCUGUGUCCAUGCUGGGCUUCCUCAAAUGCCCCUCUCUGGAGCUGGGAUCUCUACACCCCGUAUGCUGCACCCCUACUGGCGCCUGGGUCCCCACGCUACUGUGGGUCUCCUAUGAGGAUACUGCGCCCUCACUGGCGUCAGGGCCCCACACCCCUGUGGGUCCCUACGAGGCCUCCUCCAACCCCCAAUAGCCUCACCCAAACCACCGGUUUUAUAACAAACAGCAACACAAACUUGAGCCUCCUGGCUAUAAAUCAAACAUACCCAACUGCACGCGUCUGCUGUUAGCGUGGCCUGUGACGUGAAUUCUGUCGCAUCGUUAAAAAGGACGAAGCGCCAUCGUUCCUUCUGGGCUGGCAGUGCCCAAACCGGGCUGAUUUCACUAAACACACACACAAUCUGCAAAACAGAUGGAGUGGGGUGGAUUGGAUCUGCCUUUUGCAACACACGGCUCGAAAGCCGGGGCCCUCGCGCUUGGUCCCACAGAGCCACGGCUGGACGGGACACACGCGCGACUGCCUUCGAAGACUGUGGGGUCGAUUCAGGGUUGCAAGUCAGAUGCUGAUAAGUUUUGUGUUGUUUUUAACCGCUUCUCUAACUCUUAAUUCCUUCCCUACUCCAUUGUGUACGGUUAUCAUUUAUAUAGACCUUCAGGGGAACAAAGGGAAGUCUAAUAAUGCCUGUCCAUCUGCCACAAGGCAGUGGGAACAGUCUCAUGAGCGGUGACUACCUAGGUUUUCGGCCUUGUCUGUGCAGAUAUUUUGGUAAUGGGCAGUCCUGGCCACCGUCAAAUGGCCAGCGUGUGUGUGUGUGCACACUCAGGGCUUCUGUCCGCAACAUGCAGCCUUUGUGCCCAGCGUGGGAGGAGGAUCACAGCAGCUGGCAGAGGCAUGGGAGUCUGCACAUGCGUUCUGCUGUCUGCUGGGCUUUCACCGAAGUUUAGGCGGAGGCAGGGUUUUGCACGGCGGUGCUGAGUGUGGACACUCUCCGUCUUAGUAGCCAGUCCUGUGGUGCUAGAUCAGGCCGGAGGUGACUUUUACACCAAGAUUUCCAGCCCAAGUCCAUCAGGCCCUUUUAGCUGCUGUCUUUGGAACGUGCACAGCAGCUUUGUAGAGAAACUAGUUGUUUUCUCCCCCACUUUUAUCCUUUCAAGUAUUAGGAGACUGAGCCUAAUGGCCCAUCCUGCAGUACAGAGCGCUGGGGGCAGGAGUCUUCCUACAUUUGAACAGAAAAGACCCGUGUUCAGGAGCGGCACGUGGAAGGUCGCUCUCCCUCCUGGGGUCAGGGCGCACUCCCUUUGCUGUCACAGACACUGCAAGGGAGAUGGGCACUGCUCCUAGCUCCCUUGUCGUGAAUAUUGGGUAGCUCCCCAGUGGAGUCCAAGCGAUGCAAACAGGUCUAAUUUGCUCGUGAAUGCCCAGGUCACUCUCCCUCUCUGGAGACGGGCAAGAAGGACCUGGCUCCGACUCAGUGCAUGGCACAUAAACUUUUAUAGUGUUGCCCAGAGAAUGCUUCACAGCCCAGAUCAGAAAUGGGUAUCAGCAUGGAUCUGGUUCCUGUGGUCACAGCUAAGCAUGGCCAUAUUUCUGCAUUACUACAAUGCUGGGACAGUCCAGAAAAAUCACCCCAAACUCCCGCUGAUUUACACCCCAAGGGAAGGUUUGCUUGACCAGGGCAAGCACCACAAGCAGACUGGCUGCUGGGAAAAGAGCAUCAGUAGUUGUGGUUACAGGGACAGCUGGCUCGGCGGUGCCGCAAUGUGUGCACGCCUGCUGGAAGGCUGGCUGCCGAAUCGGGGUAUUAACAGGCAGAGCAGACUGUAAGGGAAGGACUUGCACAGAGCCCUUUACUUCCAGAGCCUGAUUUUCCUCACCCCUCCACCCCGAGACUGCCUUGUUCCAGAUGGAUGUUGCUAACUCUAACCAAAUCAGGAGGGAAACCUUGGCUUUUUGUUGAAAGUUGAUUUUUUUUUAAUUUUUUUUUUUUUAGUAUCAAUGGGGUCCCAACGCUAUAUCAUGCUUCAAACCGCUCUGUUUGGAAUAAAAGACACUUUCACACAC